GGCUCCCGCGGCCAGUAGUGGGAGCGAAGCGCAUCCGCAGAGGAUCCUCGGCUGGAGGCUCAAAACCUCUCGCACCCAACCAAACUCCAGCCUCACAUCACACCCUCCUUCCGUUUACUCCUUCCUCUCCUCACAACAACACAACACACCACAGAAAUCUCUCGUCUCUCUCUACGCUCCGCGGAAGAGGAAACAACGGAGGGGGAAAGAAAGAGAAGUCCUCUGACGGCGAGGCGAUCUCCGAGGACGAGGAUCAUGGCGGCGGCCGGGGAAGGCGGCAAGGAGAAGGGCCCCGGGGGCGCGUGCGAGCUCUGCGGCGCGGCGGCGCGGGUGUACUGCGGCGCCGACGAGGCCACGCUCUGCUGGGGCUGCGACGCGCAGGUGCACGGCGCCAACUUCCUCGUGGCGCGCCACGCGCGCGCGCUCCUGUGCCGGGGCUGCGCGCGCCCCACGCCGUGGCGCGCAGCGGGGCCGCGCCUGGGGCCCACGGCCUCCCUCUGCGACCGAUGCGUCCGCCGCGGCCCGGGGGCCGCGGGCGCCGGCGGCGCUGGGGCCGACGAGGAGAUGGGCGGCGGCCGCGGGGGCCGGGACGAGGAGGAUGACGACGGCGAGGGCGAGGACGAGGAGGAGGACGGCGAGGAGGAGGAAGGGGAGGGGGAGAACCAGGUCGUGCCGUGGACGGAGGAGGCCGCCGCCACGCCACCGCCCGUCGCCAGCUCUACGUCCAGCAGCAGCCGGGAGGCCGCCCCCAACGGUGCGAAUGCCGCCGAGUGCGCAAAGGAGGAUGUGCCGUGCUCGACGUCGCAGCCAGGCUUGUGCCACUACUCGUCGCCAACGCGCCACGGCGGCCAGAGCGACGAAGCCACCUCCUCCCGGAACGGCGGCCGGUUCCUCGCCUCCCGGCACAGGAAGAGAUCACCCUCUGAUUUCCUCGGCCCAGGGUCGGCGCAGUCCGGGAAUGGCACGCCGGCCAGGAAUUGCUCCAACGCGGGCAUUGGCCGAAAUGGCUUUACUUGAGGCAGGCAACUUGCGAUGACGGUGUAGAUGUUGAUGCUAACUGCAUUAGAAUGCCACUUUUAGUGUAUCCAAGCAUUUGGGGGGAAUUGGAUCACGACGAGAUUAAGCUUCCACCGAGGCAUACAUCUUUUUCGGUCGUCAACUUGCACACUUGAGUUGUCAGGGCAGCCAUCCCAGAACCAUGAUUGUAUUCCCUAAAUGGCGACGGCUCGCUGGAGAUUGUAUAUGUUCCCCACUAGUAUUCAUGCAUUCAAUUCCUUCCUUCUUUUCUGUUUGUGGAUGAGGCGUGUUCGCUAACCUAAGGAAAAUGAUAUAAGGCUCGCAUUUGCUGGGACA